AUGGACGACGACCACGUCCUACACUCAUGGUUCCCUAAGGGGCUAGAUCCAGGAGACAAGGUCACCCUCGACAUGCCCAAGGGCUCGGAAUGGGUAAUCGACAGACUGGUCAAUAAGCACAGCUACCAAUGCGCAGACCCGUCUCUCGACUCUUACGCAUGUGUUCUGUUCGAAUGCCACAAUGCUACAGGUGGACAACAGGCUUUUAUGCGCGUUUACGCCCAAGUUCCACACACUUGUUAUAAGGAUGCGGACCGAGCUACCCGCGCCUAA